GGAGGGCUGCCCUGCCCCGGGAAACUGUGUGGAGACAAGGAUAAACCGAGAAGGUCCUUGCCCACCUCUGGCUCCUGAAGGGGAGCGUUGUGGGGUGCAUCACCCCAGAGCUGGCUGCCCUCCACGUGUGCUGCCUCGCUAGAGCUUUUAAAUCAUUUUGCUUCCCCUCUGGACACCGGCAUCUGUGCCCCCGGCAGCCUGUGAAGCUCAGGGGGAUGCUGACUCUUCAGAAACCCUGGCUGAAAUCUGCAAAGAGGGGCAUGGGGAGAGAUGACAGACCUGCUGGGAGAUGCCGGAUUAGUCUGCGGUCAGACGGACUAAACCAACACCACUAGCAAGAUAAGCAUCUUGCUGGCCCUGCCCAGCCACCUUUUGUGUUACGGAGGAGGCUUCCCCGCCUCCCCUGUCUCCCCCCACCAGUGUUUCAUUGUGGGGCCACCACCGGCGGCACAUAAAUAGAGGGCCCAGGCGGGCUGCGGGGCGAAGACCGGAGACGCCGCUCAGGGUCCCGCACCGCACCCCAGCGCCCGUCCCGCCCGGCCGGCCACCCUGCAGAAGCAUGGCUCUCGCCGGCGCCCUUCGCCUGUCGCUCGCCUGCCUCCUGCUCUGCGCUGCGGCCCCAAAACCCACGUGCGACCCCGGCACCUGCGCCCCGUGCCCCGAGGGGGACGUGGAGGGGCUGACCGCCGCCGGGAGCUGCUGCCCCCCCUGCCCCCCUCCCUGCGCCUGCCCCCCCUACCUGGAGAGCGACUGCGAGAUGCAAGGCUUCGCCAGCGGCCACGUCCCCGUCGGCCGCUCCUUCUACAUUGACUUUGCCCGCAAGCUCUGCACCUGCCAGCCUGGCGGGGACAUCACCUGCGCCCCGCUGUGCCCCCGCCUGCCCCCCACCUGCCAGGCCGUGGGCAGCCCCGUGGCCGACGGCUGCCCCCGCUGCGUCUGCUACGACGAGGAGGAGAUGGCGGUGCCCGCCGGCACCGUCACCACCCGGGGUGCCCAGAUUUGCACCUGCCCCCCCCAGGGGGGCCGGCUGCAGUGCAGCGGUGGCCAGAGCAAGGAGUGAACCUCUCGUCUCGGCCGGCCGAGGGCAGGAGGACAGGGAAGCUUCUCGGGCAGCAGAAGGCUUUCUGCACCGUGGGGCGUCCUCGCUGAAAAGGGUUAAAUGCUUCAGACUGUCCUAGAGGACUUGGCGAUGAAUACGGCCGUGCCACGGAGCGCUGGAGAGAUGCCGCAUUGUAUGUCAUUUAUACGCCAGGGCAAAGUGUCUAUAGCGGGUGAGCUUGCUUUGUUGUAAGGUUUGUUCCAUGGCGGUGGGCUGUGAGAGAUUAGAUUGCUGCUAGCAUGUAACUGAAACAACGCAGUUAUUUAUUUAUUUGUAAGAUGAUUGGGCUUUCGUACGUGUUUAUGUUUAUAUAGUGCGUUUAUAUAACUUGCUGGAUAAACUUCCUCCCGGGAGCGAGGUUUUCGCUUCCUAUAAUUCCAUCAAGUUCAAAGCGGUGGCACCAAAACUAGAAGAUUGGCUGACAUUCCCCAAUCAGGCUUUUUUUGAGGUGGGAGGAGUAAGUGGGUUAGCACAUGGCUGUGUUCUUAGGAGGAGGCAAGCCCCUCUCGCGCCUCCAUCCUCCAGAGCAAACCCUUGAAGACUCACGUAAGGAUGUUGGCAGCCAAAGCUCGAUCCUUCACAGCCACCUCGAUGAAUCAGUUACCCAGGGCUGACCCUGUUGUCAGUCCCUGCUGUGUCCCGGUUCAGCAGGAAUACCCCAAAUUGCGUGUCAGUGACUCUGUCCUCCUCACUCUUGCUCUCCCCUUACCACUGCUGGAGACAUAGGAUAUGGCUGAACUGCAUCUUCCGAAUGCUUUGACAUAUAUAGAUAUAUACACACAUAUACAUAUAUGUACAGGGAGACUGUAAUAAAAAACACAGCUUCAUCAGGCUGAGACGUUAACAAGUGUUAAUGGUGUUCCUUCAAGGUGUUGAAUAAAAU